UGUGCUUCCGCCGCGCCUCCUGUUUUCCUCCACUCUCGCGGUGGGGGCGUCGUGGAGCCGCCCUGUGGACACGGUCUUCUAGGACCAGUGUAGCACACGGCAGUAGCUUCAGAAUUGUCUGCAUUUGUCCAAGAAACAGCAUUCAAUGAAUACGAGACACUGUGCCAGAGAGCAGGAACAAGAACCAUGGUCAUCAUCUGCAAUUCCAGUCAUCUUGAACAUGCUGUCAAAAAUCCAUGCCUCUCUGGUCAUAUUAUAAUUUGAAUUGCUGAAAAGCUGAAGAUGAAAGGACAUAAGGACUCAAGGAGGUCCCAGAGAUGAACUGACCCACACCUCCAGGCAGGCCCUGACUCAUGGACUUUGCUUUGAUGGAAGAGAAAUUCCAGGGAGCAGUAUCAUUUAAGGACGUGACUGUAGGAUUCACCCAGGAGGAGUGGCAGCACCUGGACUCCAGUCAGAGGUCUCUAUAUAGAGAUGUGAUGCUGGAGAACUAUAGCCACCUCGUCUCAGUAGGGUUUUGUGUUACCAAACCAGAGGUGAUCUUCAGGCUGGAGCAGGAUGAAGAGCCAUGGAUACUGGAGGAAGAAUUCUCCAACCAGAGUUUCCCAGAAAUUUGGAAAGCUGAUCAUCUAAAUGAAAGGAGCAAGGAAAAUCACCUGAAACAUUUUUGGGAAUGUAUAUUCAUCAAUAACAAAACACUGACUAAGGAACAAGGUAAUAUAACAGAAAAACCAUUUAACUUGGACAUAAAUUCUUUUCCUUCUGGUAAAGUACUUUGCCAGUUUAACUCAGGUGGAUUGAAUUUCAAUAAUAUUUCAGAACUGGUUAUUAGUAAGAAAAACCAUUUAGGAAAAAAGCCUAAUGAGUUUAAUACCUGUGGAAAAUUUCUGCUCAAAUUUAAGCAAGAGAAAACUCACACUAGAGAGAAAAGUGAAUUUUUUAAAAAUGGCGAAACUAUAACUCAUCAUGAGGACCCAGCUCAGCAUGAGAAGACUCACACUUUAGAGCAAGAUUUUGAAUAUAGCACACCUCAGGAAACCUUCCUUGAAAAGGAAGUAUUCAGUACACACAAGAGAGGGAUUACACAAGAAAAUGAUUGUGAAUUAAAUGAAUAUCAGAGAACUUUCCACGAUAAUUCAUGCCUCUUGUUCCAUCAGAUACUGCCCUUAAAGGAAAAUCACUAUGCGUUUAGUAAUUGUCAGAAAUCCUUAGGUUUGAAGUCCACCCUAUGGAAACAUGGAGCAAAUAUGAGACACUAUGAAUAUAAUGAAAGUGGAAAUAAUUUCAGGAGGAAGUUAUCUUUCUUACAACUUCAGAAAACUCAUAAAGGAGAGAAGCACUUUGCAUGUAGUGAAUGUGGGAAGGCUUUCUGGGAGAAGUCCCACCUUACUCGACAUCAGAGAGUACACACAGGAGAGAAACGUUUUCAAUGUAGUGAAUGUGGAAAAACUUUCUGGGAGCAGUCAAACCUCACCAAACAUCAGAGGUCACACACAGGGGAGAAACCUUUUGAGUGCAAUGAAUGUAGGAAAGCCUUUAGCCACAAGUCAGCCCUCACAUUACACCAGAGAACGCAUACAGGUGAGAAGCCCUAUCAGUGCAAUGCAUGUGGGAAAACCUUUUAUCAGAAGUCAGACCUCACUAAACAUCAGAGAACACACACAGGACUGAAGCCCUAUGAAUGCUAUGAAUGUGGGAAAUCCUUCUGUAUGAAUUCACACCUUACAGUACAUCAGAGAACUCACACGGGUGAAAAGCCCUUUGAGUGUCCUGAAUGUGGGAAAUCCUUUUGUCAAAAGUCACAUCUUACACAGCACCAGAGGACUCACAUAGGGGAUAAACCCUAUGAAUGUAAUGCAUGUGGGAAAACAUUCUACCACAAGUCAGUACUCACUCGACAUCAAAUAAUUCAUACAGGGUUGAAACCUUAUGAAUGUUAUGAAUGUGGGAAAACCUUCUGUUUGAAGUCAGACUUGACAGUACAUCAGAGAACUCACACAGGGGAGAAACCCUUUGCAUGUCCUGAAUGUGGGAAGUUCUUCAGUCAUAAGUCGACCCUCUCUCAACAUUACAGGACACACACAGGAGAGAAACCCUAUGAAUGUCAUGAAUGUGGGAAAAUCUUUUACAAUAAAUCAUAUCUGACUAAACAUAAUAGAACCCAUACAGGGGAGAAGCCUUAUGAAUGCAAUGAAUGUGGGAAAACCUUCUGCCAGAAGUCACAGCUCACUCAACAUCAGAGAAUUCAUAUAGGUGAGAAGCCUUACGAAUGUAAUGAAUGUGGAAAAGCUUUCUGCCAUAAGUCAGCUCUAAUUGUACACCAGAGAACUCAUACAGAAGACAAGCCCUAUAAAUGUAAUGACUGCGGAAAAUCUUUCUGUGUAAAGUCAGGGCUUAUUUUACAUCAGAGAAAACACACAGGGGAGAAACCCUUUGAGUGUAGUGAAUGUGGGAAAUCAUUUAGUCACAAAUCAUCCCUCACCGUACAUCACAGAGCUCACACAGGAGAGAAAUCCUGUCAGUGCAAUGAAUGUGGGAAAAUUUUUUACCGUAAAUCAGACCUUGCUAAACAUCAGAGAUCACACACAGGGGAGAAGCCCUAUGAAUGUAACAUAUGUAGAAAAACCUUCUCUCAAAAGUCAAACCUCAUUGUACAUCAGAGAACACACACAGGAGAAAAAUCUUAUGAGUGAAAUGAAUAUUAAAUAUGUUCAGCCAUAGGAUAGCCUCCAUUACAUUUCAUAGUAUUCUGUUGUGACCUUGAACAUUCAGUAACUUUCAUCUAUAGUUUGGCCUUAUUCAACAUUAAUGAUAGGAGAUAAAACCGUACACUGCAACUGUUAAGUGAUAUCCCAAUACUGAAUCAGGUCUUAGAGAUUAUUGGCAUUCGUAAAGGGUUUCAGCAAUAAAUGCAAGUUAGAUUGUUUCAGGAGGAAUAUGGAGAUAAAAUUUUAAGAAAUAUAAAUUGAAGAUUUUCUGUAGAAGUAAUAAAAUACUACAAGUUUGAUACUAUAAUUGUCCUUCUGAAACCAUGAGAAAUUCUAAUUUUUAUGUAUAUUUUAGAACCAUAAAGCUUUAAAAAAUUAAGAAAUUAAUAAAAUUAUUUAAUCACAGAAGGUGCAAUAAGAAUACAGAGUUCCCAUGUGCCUGUCAUCAAGCUAUUUCCAAUGAUAAUAUCUUAUAUAACCAUAGUAUAUUAGGAAGUACAAGAAAUUUAUGAUAACCAGAUUCAGACUUUAAUAUUCAGAUUUUACUAUAUUUUAAUUGCUCCCUAUAUGAGUGUGUGUAAUUCUAUCAAUUUAAGUAUCCAUCAACACAGUUAGAUUAUGAAACUGAAAAGAAGUCUGGAAUCUGAAUCACAACAAUCUUACAAAGGAAUCAGUAUUUGAUUUUGAGAAGUUCACUGGUGUUAAUUGCAUUCUUUUUGUAACCCUCACUCUUGUGACUGAUUAUGAAGCCUUUUAAAAGCAUAGAGAGGUAGAAUAACCAGAUUAAAAUGAUUAGAUUUAUCCUUAAUGUAUUCUGUGCAUUGGGAAAGAAAUUCCUAUUUCUUAAUGUUCUCUUCUCACCUGUGCUCCAUCCCUUGUCUUGAGUACUAUUUGUAAGCAGCUCCCUCCAAGACAGGACUCAGGGAAAAGGCUCACAAAUACAGACUAGAUGCUGCUCAUGUCUGUUGGGCUAUAAACCAGAGUUUUGACGGUUUGCAAAGGAGUGAGGCUGGAACAGAACCAGAAUCAAGCUGGGAUGGGGAGUCUAUUGACAAUUUAGAAGUCAUAGACUAUUACAUGAUCCGAUCAUGUAAAUAAGAUUACACAAUCCAGUAUCCUUAGGUUGUGGAAUGAUUGUGGAUCAUUUUCAUUUUUGGAAACUCGGAAAAUAAGAGAAAUUAUAUCCAAAAUUAGCAGAAAAAUAAAUUACAGUAAAAAUUGAUGAAAUUGAAAGAAAUUUUAAUAAAACUCAAAGCUGGUCAUUUGGAAAGUUUAAUAAUAUGAUAAACUCGACUUGGUUAGAUAAAAGAAGGAGAAAAUUUGCUGAUAUUGGAAAUUAAUGAGGAUCCAUUGCUACUGAUCCCAUAGACUUUUUUUUUUUUUUUUUUUGGACAGGCAGAGUUAGACAGUGAGAGAGAGAGACAGAGAGAAAGGUCUUCUUUCUGUUGGUUUACCCCCCAAAUGGCUGCUCUGGCUGGCACGCUGUGCCAAUCUGAAGCCAGGAGCCAGGUACUUCUUCCUGGUCUCCCAUGUGGGUGCAGGGCCCAAGCACUUGGGCCAUCCUCUACUGCCUUCCCAGGCCACAGCAGAGAACUGGACUGGAAGAGGAGCAACCGGGACAGAACUGGCGCCCCAACCGGGACUAGAACCCAGAGUACCGCUGCUGUAAGUGGAGGAUUAGCCUAGUGAGCCGUGGCGCCGGCUGAUCCCAUAGACAUUUAAAGGAACAUGGAAGAUUAUGGACAACUGUGCCCAUAAAUUUGAUAACCUAGCUGAUAUGGACCAGUUCCUUUUAAGAUUCUAUUGGCACUCAAGAAUAAAUCUUGUUAAAAAGCAUAUUAAGGGGAAUUGGAUUAAUCAUAGAUAACUUUACAAAACAAAACAUACCAGGACUGAUGUGUUCACUGGUGAAUUCUGCCAAACAUUUAAGAUAGAAAUGAUACCAGUUCUGUGCAGUAUAGUCUUUUCCAGGACGUAAUGGCAAAGGGAACACUCCUGAUUCCAUGAAGCCAGCAUUUUUAAUACCAAACCAGUAUUACAGGAAAGGAAAUAUAUAGACCAGUGUCUCCCGUGGGCAGAAGUCUUCAACAGAAUAUAAGCAAAUCAAAUAACAAUGUACGAAAAAGAUUAUAUAUAUGACAAAGUAUGCAAGGCUUAUUUAACAUUCAGUAAUCUAUAUAGCAUACCAUCAGGUCAAAGAGGAAAUAUCAUCAUACAGAAGAUGAUGUAAAAGCAUCUGUUGAUGACAAAGAUCUAAUACCUAUUCAUGAUAAAAGCCACUCAACAAACUAGGCACACAGAAACUUUCUCAACUUGAUCAAGAACUGCUACAAAGCUUAUAAGCUAACAUAUUUAAUGUCCAAAAUUUAGGUGCUUUCCCACUAAGACAGCAUGUCCCCUCUCAUUGUUACUUUUCAGAAUCCUUGUGAAAAUACUAGCUAAUGCAGUGAGACAGGUAAAGGAAAUGAAGGACACAUAGAUUCGCAAGGAAGAAACAAAACUAUAGUCACAGAUAAUGUGAUUAUCUUUGUAGUAAAUUCCAACUUAAAACCUACUUGCAGUAAUAAGCAAUUAUAGUAAAGUUGCAGGAUAUGAUACAUGAGCAGACAGUAAAGAUACUGUUCAGUCACAGAAAGUCAUGAAGGAACCUUAAAUGAAUAUUGUUAGCCAAAAGAUGGCCAGUCUGAAAAGGCUUUCAUGCUGUAGUUGUGACAUUCUGAAAAGGAAAAAAACUAUGGAGACCACAAAAAGAUCAGUGGUUGUCGGGUUCUGAGGAAGGGAGAAUGGGAUGAACAGGUGGAGAGGUGGUUUGGAAGAUAUCAAGUCUUUCUGUGGGGUACUGUAAUGGUGGUUAUAUGUCAUUAUACAAUUGUCAAAACCCACAGAAUGCAAAAUAGAAUGAACACUAAUGCAGAUCUUGGGCUUUAGUUAAUAGUAAUGUAUUGGUAUUGGAUCCACAAAUUGUUAGCAUAUGUACCACACUAAUGUAAGAUGCUUUUAGAGGAAACUGUGGAGAAGGGGUGAAGUGCCAUAUGGGAAUUCUUUGUACUUUUUGCUAAACUUUUGUGUAACCCUAUUUUCUGCUUAAAAAAGUGUAUUAAAUACCUUAUACUCUGCUUAAAAAUUGUAUUGAAUAAAUAAAUGAAUAAAUAACCAACCAACCCACUCUGUAUGUUUAUAGCAAUAUUGAUGAGUUU